AUGUCUACAUCGGUAAUCAAAUCAUGGGCAGAUGCCGAAGAUGAAAUUCCUUCACCAGAAGUGACGACAAACCCAGACGGAACCAAGACCGUGAUCAGUUACAGAUUAAACACUAACAACCAAAAGGUGAAGAUAACUCAAAAGAUCAAGGAAGUUAAGGUCCAAGAAAGAGUACACCCACUGAUUGCUAUUCGUAGAAACUGGAGCAAGUACGGUAAGGAAAAGAAUACCCCACCAGGCCCAGACACAAGAACUACUCAACUAGGAGAAAAAGUGGAGUUGAACUUGGGUACCUCAUGGAAGGAAAUUGAAAAGAAGGAAGAAGAAGACAAAGAAGAACAAUCUAAGAUUGCAUCCAGUAACCAAAGAAUCAAGUGUAGAAUCUGUGGUGGUGACCAUUUCACCUCCAAGUGUCCAUUCAAGGACACCUUGGGUGCUGAAGCUGCUGCUAAGCAACAAGCUGCUGAAUCCACUGUUGAAGCUGAUGAUUCUAUGGUUGGUGGUAAGUACGUUCCUAGACAUAUGAGAAGAGAUGCCGACGGUAAUCUCCCAUCUAAGGAAAUGGGUGGUAGAGAUGACUCUACCACUUUGAGAGUUUCACAAUUGAACUCCAUUGUAGACGAAGAUAUGUUAAGAGAAGAAUUAUUUGGUAGAUACGGUCCAUUACAAAGAGUUACCGUUGUCAGAGAUAGAGAAACAGGAGAAUCAAGAGGUUUUGCUUAUGUUGCAUUUGCCACAGAGGGUUUGGCCGAGCAAGCUUUGAACGAGUUGAACGGAAAGGGUUACCAUUCUUUGAUCUUACACUUGGAAUGGUCCAAGAAGAAGAAAUAG